AUGAUUCUCAAAAGUUUCAUCUGCUUGUUAGCACUGACUGGCUUCAGUCGAGAGACCAGCAUCAAGGAACAGAAAAGACUUCUUCAUAUUUUGCAAGAUCACUAUGAGCGGCAGGUUUUCCCAAGUGAAACCAGGAUGGAUAUACAUGUAAGCUUUUCGUUAUCACAAAUUACUGACCUCAAUGAGUGGCAACAGUCCCUGACUACAAAUGGAUGGUUUACCUUUAAGUGGCUAGAUGAAUCACUGAAGUGGAACAUUUCGGAUUAUGGAGGGAUAGACAGGAUCUGUAUGUCAAGUGAAAAAAUAUGGAUACCCGACAUAACGCUCCUCAACACAGUAGAAGAGCGCAAACUGAUGAACAAUAAGAAUGCGCCUGUGUGUGUAGAUCAUUCUGGAAUGGUAAAGUGGGAACAAGGGGAUCUCUACCGAAGUCAGUGUGACUUUGACAUUUCCAAUUUUCCAUUUGACACUCAGAGCUGCCAUCUAACUCUAACAACAUGGGUGACCACGAACGAAUCUGCUCGUUUCAUAUUUUCAAUUGAGAAAAACGGCACUAAUGUUACAACAAAUGUGAAUGGACUGUGGAAGAUUGAAGCGUUAUCAUCUACUGCCAUUGAUGUCAAAUUUCCUCAGCUCAUUGUAACAACAAAACUUCAGCGUCGGGCGUCAUAUUAUGUCCUCAAUCUCAUCGUCCCUGUCAUGUUUCUCUCCCUUCUCAGCUCAGUGGUCUUUGCUCUGCCUAUACAAUAUGGGGAUAAAGUGUCUCUAUCCAUGACGGUUCUCCUUUCAUUCAGUGUAUUUCUGACUCAGAUGAGCACCAACAUGCCCAGGACAUCCUUACAGACGUCCUACCUCACCAUCUACAUGACCCUGCUCCUCUCUCUCAGCUCCCUUGCUGUGGCUAUAUCAGUUCUCAUCCUCAGGAUCAAUCAGAGAAGAGGAGAUGUACCUGUGGUAUUGCAGAAAUAUGUUGUAUCUUCUAAACGUGCAAUUAACAAACCGGUUUUGAAUGCAGCGGGAUCGGAAGUACAGGACACCACAGUUGACAAUGAGGAAGAAAGGAAUAGUAAAACACUGGUCACUUGGAAAGACGUAUCUCUUGCACUUGACGAUCUGUGUCUGAAAUUAUUCUUUCUGCUUAAUGUUGGUUGUGGUAUUGCUUUCUUUGCGCUUGUCAUGUAA